AUGAAUGAUGAGAAGAAGGAUCGAGAUACGCUUUUGCCGCAAAAAUUGAAAUUAACGAGGAAACGACAUUCUUUCAUUCAAUCUCUCUACCUGACAGUAUGCUCGGUUCAAUUUGGAGCCAUGCUUCUUCUAACAGCGCAACAGACGGGAAUGCCUUUGUUGGUCAGAGAAGUGAACAGACAAACGAAGUUCUUCUCGACAACGUCGGUGUUCAUGAUGGAAGUGAUUCGAUUAAUCACGUGCUCGAUCAUCAUUUCGAUUAACUUGAGGAGUCCUUUAAAAUUUCUACACGAGUUUCGUUCGACUGUAUGGCAUAACAAAAUCGAAACGGCCAAGGUAUGUGUUCCGGCUGUUGUCUACGCUAUUCAAAACAAUCUCUACUACGUUGCACUUGCCAAUAUUGAUGCUACAACAUAUGCGGUUACAUAUCAGCUUCGUAUUCUGACGACAGCGUUAUUGUCGGUGUUGAUUCUUUCAAAGAGACUGUCUUUGAUUCAAUGGUUCUCUCUACUCGUCUCAAUGGGCGGUGUUGUUCUUGUUCAGCUAGAUGAAAGCCAAGUUCGAAGUUCAUCGGCAAGCAGUGGAAGUUGGCUGAUUGGAGUUAGUGCGGUGUUUUCAAUGUGUUGGACGAGUGCUUUUGCCGGUGUUUAUUUCGAGAAGAUGUUGAAGAAAUCAUCGGUCGAUGUGUGGAUGCAAAAUAUUCGUCUUUCGAUGCUCACUGCUCCAUUCGCUCUUAUCACAAUGUUUGCCUCUGACUUCUCAAAUAUUCAAGAACAUGGUUUCUUCAACGGCUGGACUCCAUUGGUAUGGGUGAUGACGUUUCUCAACGCUUUUGGUGGCUUGGUUGUGUCGAUCGUGAUGAAAUACGCGGAUAAUGUGAAGAAAACCUAUUGUCAGACGAUUGCUAUUGGACUUACUGCGUUGAUUUCGAUCAAGAUGGGCGACUCGGUGUUCUCCGUGCAACUUCUGAUGGGCGUGUCGCUUGUGAUUGCCUCGGUCUUUUUGUAUUCAUUCUACCCACCCCAAUCAUUUCAAAAUCAACAAAAUCAUGAUGGACGCCGGUCAAGUAACGGAAAGUUGCAAAUU